UACUUCAACCUUGUGGGCCGCAGCCCAGAUCCCUUAUCUAUCUAUCUUCUCUUCUACUAUAUCAAAAGCACGCUAUUCUUCUUCUUCCACUGUUCUCAGUGCACGUCCAACUUGCAGUUUCUCACAAGUCUCGAAAUCGAAACAGGGCUUAUAUCAGGCGAUUAGGGAUGGGGUUCAUAAUGGAGUUCGCUGAGAACUUGAUACUGAGGAUGAUGGAGGACCCGAGGGAGAGAGAUCGAAAGUUCAGGGAGCAUCUGUACACGUUGAAGGAUCGGUGCAAAAAGACCAAGGAGAUGUGGAGCCUUCCUCUACGUCCCUACGGUUUCUGGACGUUCGAUCGCCACAACGCUCAGCUUUUCUGGGACCCUCAGAUCAGCCAGGUCCCUGGCCGUCGCGAUCCCUACGAUGACCUGCUUCAAGAUGAUGCCUAUGGCACCUCCACUUCCACCUCCAAAUAAUUGAAUCUUUGUAGCCGUUCAUUGUGAGCUGCCCGUGAGGACGGAAGGUUGCAACAAUUGAUUUCAUCUUGAUCUGUUGGUAAUGUGAGUUAUGUGACGAGACGUUUGUAAUGGCCGCAUAUAUUUGAGUAUUGUUUUUGUGUUUGAAUAAAGACCCUUUGAGCUUAAUGCAUCUGCUGGUAUUUGGGGAACACUCGUUAAUGUUGCUUUGUUGCUUUUCAGACGCACUUUCUUCUUAUCAACAAUAAUGUGUAAUACGUGGACAUGGAUAGUUUGUGUGGGUUCUUACUGUGGGUUAUUUGUGCUUAAUGAUUGAGGAAAUACUAAACCUGCUGGAAUGGCAGUUUUAAAUA